GAUUAUUUCAACAAUUGUGUUAUUUGAUUCUUUAGUUAUGGUUAAUGGUGUUUUCUCAGAUAAUAUGUACAUUAAUUGGGGUUCCCAUAAUUCUUGGAUGCAAGGAGAUGAUCUUCAACUUGUCCUUGAUCAAUCCUCAGGUUCAGGUGUACAAUCAAAAGGAACAUUUCUAUUUGGAAGUAUAGAAAUGCAAAUUAAAUUGGUACCUGGAAAUUCUGCUGGAACAGUCACUGCAUACUAUUUAUCCUCAACUGCUGACAAGCAUGAUGAAAUCGACUUCGAGUUUCUAGGAAAUAUAUCAGGGCAACCAUAUAUUAUACACACAAAUAUAUUUACUCAAGGUGCAGGAGGCAGGGAACAACAAUUUUAUCCAUGGUUUGAUCCAACUGCUGAUUACCAUAACUAUACCAUUCAUUGGAACCCCAAUGCAGUCGUAUGGUACGUUGACGAUAUACCAAUUAGAGUUUACAAAAACUAUCAGAGCCAAGGCAUUCCCUAUCCGAACACGCAAGCAAGGGUCUACUCUAGCCUUUGGAAUGCUGAUAGUUGGGCAACUAGAGGUGGUCUUGUCAAAUGUGACUGGACCAAUGCUCCAUUUAUAGCAAAGUACCGAAAUUUCGUCCCACGGGCGUGUGCUUGGAACGGACCCAUUAGCAUUAGUCAAUGUGCAGCUCAAACUCCAAAUAAUUGGUAUACUGCUCCUGAGUACAAUCAAUUGAGUUACGCAAAACAAGGUCAAAUGGAAUGGGUUAGGAACAAUUACAUGAUUUAUGAUUAUUGCAAAGAUACAAAGCGAUUCAAUGGACAAUUUCCUGGAGAGUGUUUUAAACCUCAAUUCUAA